AUGUCUAUUCUCUAUGCAAGGCCAGGCCCAAAUCCACAUACUUGGAACAGAGAAGGCCCGCAAUGUGCAAACUGCCAUUACUAUGUCUGGAAACAGCCACAAGUCCCAAUAUUCCAAUCACCUGCACGAAGCCAGUGGGCAAAACCGCAUAGCAAUCCCUAUAUCUGUGACAAUUGCUACUGGGACCUGAACGGAAGCGUAGAUGGGAUUCCAUGCAUGAGGUCUCUACCAUGUCUAUGCGCAAGGCGUGACAACCUAGCUAUUCUGCUUGUUAGCAAGCGGGUUUGGAAUGAUGCUGCGCCGAUAUUCUGGAUGGAGAACUGGUUCGCCUUCGAGCACCCUUGUCUCCUGACGGGAUUCUUGACCGCUAUUCGUCCACAAGUCAGAUCGUGGCUGAGACGGAUAUCGUUUAUGCCUAUUCAUGCUUACAACAAUAACGAACACUCUAGUAUCUUUCCGCAGUGGCGAGACCCAAUUUGGAAUGGAUGGAAUGAUAUCAGGAGCUGUUGGAGCUUACUGAGACUGUGCGAAGGACUGACGGAGCUGGAGCUCGAUGUGCUGUCUCUGACGCGCAAGGAAUGGGCUCAUGCUAUUCGACUAAUCCGUGUUAAGAAACGGGUUGUCUUUUUCCGUCAGUUGGAUCCAUAUAACAUUGAAUAUGAGCCUGGAGAUCCUAUCAACACUGUAUGGGGGUCGCAUGCUCGGAGGAAACGAUUCGACUCGCCCACAACUGCUUUGCUUGCUUCUAGCAUGACUGGCGACAGGGCCAUUAAAAGAAAAGCUCUGAUAACUCAUUACUCUGAGAAUACAUUACAUCAAAGAUGCGGUGAUUAUGGGGUCCAAUUCAUUGAGAAGAUGAUCGAGGGCCGAAAAUGGAAUUCAUGA